CCGGUGUGUGCCCGAGUUGAGUCCCUGGAGACGCCACUGCCGUGCCCUGCCCUCCGGCAGUCGGCCGGCCGGCUGGGUUCCUGGUCCCUUGGUGGUCAGUGGGAGCGGAGCACCAAUACACGCCGGAACGUUACUACCGCGUCUCACAUGGCGCAGCCUGCAGGGUAGUGAACCGCGGUGUUAAGUGAUAAGUGUUGCGGAACCGACGAGUGACGGCGAUGUCUCAUAACGGUGAGACUGUGGACGCUUCGCGGAGUGGUGUCGUGGCUCCAGCUGCAGGAGCUGGCCCGACGUGGGCCGGCCGGCACGCGCGACCGGACAGGCUGGACAUCGCCAGCGACCGAGGGGCGUUCUUGGUGCCGUACGGCAUCAUGCUGGUGCUCGGCGGUAUCCCGCUCUUCUUCAUGGAGCUCUGCAUCGGCCAGUUCAAUCGCAAGGGGGCAAUCACCUGCUGGGGCAACCUGGUGCCCCUCUUCAAAGGAGUGGGCUACGCCGUCGUGCUAAUCGCUUCUUACGUUGAUCUUUUCUACAACGUGAUUCUGGCCUGGUCUCUGCGUUACUUUUUCUCGUCGUUCACUUCUAAGCUGCCGUGGACCAACUGCAACAACACUUGGAACACUGAUCACUGUGUCGAGGUGGGGAAGAGUUACCCCAACGAGACAACGAUAGACAGCGGCGGUAACAUCAGCCUGGCCGAAAUUGAUGACGGCGAAGACCACAACUUCACAUCGCCAGCAGAGGAGUACUGGAUGUAUAACGUGCUGGAGAUCGACAAGAGCGGCGGUAUCACCGACCUCGGGGUAAUCAAGUGGGACCUGGCGCUCUGCCUGCUGGCCGUCUACAUCAUCUGCUACUUCUCACUCUGGAAGGGAAUCUCCACCUCUGGAAAGGUGGUGUGGUUCACGGCCCUGUUUCCGUACGUGGUGCUGAGCAUCCUUCUGGUGCGCGGCGUCACCCUGCCCGGCGCGCUGAAGGGCAUCCAGUACUACCUGUACCCGGACUUCAGCAAACUCAACCAGACCAGCGUUUGGGUAGACGCAGCGACGCAGAUAUUUUUCUCGCUGGGACCGGGCUUCGGAGUUCUUCUGGCAUUUGCUUCGUACAAUAAAUUUCACAACAACGUCUACAAGGACGCCAUAAUUACCAGUCUGAUCAACUGCGGCACGUCGUUUGUGGCCGGCUUCGUCAUCUUUUCUGUGCUCGGCUACAUGUCGCACAUCUCCGGAAAACCCAUCGAAAGUGUCGCCCAAGAAGGUCCGGGACUGGUGUUCAUCGUCUACCCGCAGGCGAUCGCUACCAUGCCGUUCGCGCCGCUCUGGGCUAUCCUGUUCUUCAUGAUGCUGCUGACACUGGGACUUGACAGCUCGUUCGGCGGCUCCACAGCAGUCAUCACUGGUCUGAGUGACGAGUUCCCCAUCAUCCACAACAACCGGGAGAUCUUCAUCGCCAUUCUAUUCACGUUCGACUUCCUGAUCGGUCUAAUCUGCUGUACUCAGGGUGGAUUCCUUGUCUUCCAGCUGCUCGAAAAAUAUGUGUUCGGUUUUUCACUUCUCUGCGCUGUCUUCUUCGAAGCUAUCGCCGUGUCCUACAUUUACGGCGUCGACCGGUUGGUGAAUGACAUCAAUGAGAUGAUCGGCUUCCGACCGGGCCUCUACUGGAGACUCUGCUGGAAGUUCAUCGGGCCCAUCUUCAUCUGUGCGAUGAUAAUAUUCACGCUGAUCGGCCACCAGCCGUUGGCCUACAAGGGCUACCACUUCCCGGAUUGGUGUGACGGCGUGGGUUGGCUGUUGGCGCUCAGUAGCGUCAGCAUGAUACCGGGAAUGGCCGUCUACCAGAUCGCCAUCACGCCCGGUACACUCUACCAGCGGAUUAAGAUCGCCAUCACGCCAGCCAAAGACCUGGCGGCGGCGGCGGGGGCGGGGGCGGGGGCGGCGCCCGGCGCCCUGACGAACGGUGUGUCCGGCUCAGAGAGCGGCCACACCAUCAAGAUCUCGGACGGCAGCAUACCGCCCGGCUCGACGGCCGUGUAGACGGCCACCGGCGCCAGUGUGUGUAAAUACGGGCCCAGUUGAGCGCCGCGCCGGGCCGGGCGGGUUCGGCCCACGGGAGGCGGCCGGCUGCGCUGAUCGCUCGGUCGCUGACGCGUUGGGUCGGCUGACGCGUUCGUUCUCGGUUAUCUGUUCGCGGCGCUGUUUGGUGUGACGCUGACCGACGGACCGAUGGCGCGCGAUGGUGCUGUGUGUGUGGGGAGGGAGGGGCGACUCGGGGUACCGUCCGCUCGGCCCCGUCUCCGGCCGGAGCUGGCCCCACUCGACAUCACAGACCGGCCGGAGAUCGGGAACGGCGGGCGGCGGCGGCCGACUCCGCCGGAGCAGACGGUCCGCUAGCUUUAAUUAGUCGCCGUCAUACUGAUCCACUGUUGUGUGCGAGAGUGUGUGCGUUAGGUGUUUUAACUAGUGCGGCACAUUGAAUGACGACUACCAGACCAUCCAGUGCGAGUGCGCGUGCUUGCUGAGUGUUUGCUGUUGGAUGCUUGAAGUCAUGUCGCCUGCUAUUGUCAUGCGCAUAUUGGCAACUGUAGUUUUGCGCUGUCGGUCGCCCAGAGGCGCAACACAGCAGCCAUUGUUGCGCGUCUGGGCUUCUCGACGGCGCCUACUCCUCGAUGUCAGUUCGCUUCCUGUUCGCUGAGACGCUUACAACCGUUCACUGUUUAUAUGAAGUUGGUAGAGUAGCAAUAAGUAUUAAUAUAACGAGCGGCUCCCUGCGAGGCCGCCAUAGGUUAGAUCCGCCGAGGCAUGGCACAGAAAUGAAACCAAAUAGAAAUCCAGGUGAAAUAAAGGUUACG